GACCAGGGCGCAUGCGUAACAGGGCUUGACAUAGCGCGGAGGAAAAAUCCGCGAGGUGGUGGAAGAAGAUGGCGGUGCUGGGGCAGAGUUUGCAAUCUUUUUAAAUAGGCUAGUCGAGUAACUAUUCGGGUCAUGGCGUCAAACUCAACUAAGUCUUUCCUGGCAGAUGCCGGCUAUGGCGAACAGGAGCUGGAUGCUAACUCUGCCCUUAUGGAAUUAGACAAAGGUCUAAGAUCUGGCAAGCUUGGCGAGCAAUGUGAAGCAGUUGUUCGCUUUCCCAGGCUCUUUCAGAAGUAUCCAUUCCCUAUUCUCAUCAAUUCCGCAUUCCUAAAGUUAGCUGACGUUUUCAGAGUUGGAAACAAUUUCCUGAGGUUGUGUGUCCUUAAAGUUACUCAACAGAGUGAGAAGCAUUUGGAGAAGAUUCUAAAUGUGGAUGAAUUUGUGAAGAGAAUUUUCUCUGUGAUUCAUAGUAACGAUCCUGUGGCAAGAGCCAUCACACUCCGGAUGUUGGGAAGUCUGGCAUCAAUAAUUCCUGAGAGGAAGAAUGCUCAUCACAGUAUCCGGCAGAGUCUGGAUUCACAUGAUAACGUAGAAGUUGAAGCUGCCGUUUUUGCUGCUGCAAACUUUUCUGCACAGUCAAAGGAUUUUGCUGUAGGAAUCUGUAACAAAAUCAGUGAAAUGAUUCAAGGGUUAGCCACACCAGUUGACUUGAAGCUGAAGUUAAUCCCCAUCCUUCAGCACAUGCACCAUGAUGCGAUCCUGGCGUCCAGCGCACGUCAGCUUUUACAGCAGCUGGUCACAUCCUAUCCCUCCACCAAGAUGGUGAUUGUUUCUUUGCACACUUUUACUCUGCUUGCCGCUUCAUCUUUGGUUGAUACGCCUAAGCAGAUUCAGCUACUAUUGCAGUAUUUGAAGAAUGACCCUAGGAAGGCAGUAAAGAGACUUGCUAUUCAAGAUCUGAAAUUACUUGCCAAUAAAACACCACACACUUGGAGUAGGGAAAAUAUUCAGGCACUCUGUGAAUGUGCCCUCCAGACUCCUUAUGACAGUCUGAAACUUGGGAUGUUGUCUGUCCUUUCCACACUGUCAGGGACCAUUGCCAUCAAACAUUACUUCAGCAUAGCUUCAGGAAACGUGGGUUCUUCCCCCAGAUCUUCUGACUUGGUCCGAUUAGCCCAAGAAUGCUGUUACCAUAACAACAGAGGCAUUGCAGCUCAUGGAGUGCGAGUCCUAACUAAUAUAACUGUCUCCUGUCAAGAAAAAGACCUUUUGGCACUGGAACAAGAUGCUGUCUUUGGCCUGGAAUCCCUUUUGGUACUUUGUAGUCAAGAUGAUAGUCCAGGUGCUCAAGCCACGUUAAAGAUUGCUCUGAAUUGUAUGGUGAAGCUAGCCAAGGGCAGGCCUCAUCUUAGCCAGUCAGUGGUUGAGACCUUGUUGACCCAGCUGCACAGUGCUCAGGAUGCCGCGCGGAUCCUGAUGUGCCAUUGCCUGGCGGCCAUUGCCAUGCAGCUGCCAGUGCUGGGCGACGGAAUGCUCGGGGACCUCAUGGAGCUCUACAAGGUGAUCGGACGGUCAGCCACAGACAAGCAACAGGAACUUCUGGUGAGUUUGGCCACUGUGAUAUUCGUAGCAAGUCAGAAAGCACUAUCUGCUGAAGUAAAGGCAGUAAUUAAGCAGCAGCUCGAAAGUGUGUCCAAUGGAUGGACUGUUUACCGAAUUGCCAGACAGGCAUCCAGAAUGGGUAACCAUGACAUGGCCAGAGAGCUUUAUCAGAGUUUGCUGACUCAGGUUGCCUCAGAACAUUUCUACUUCUGGCUGAAUAGUCUGAAGGAGUUCUCACAUGCAGAACAGUGCCUCACCGGGUUGCAAGAGGAGAACUAUAGUUCAGCACUUUCUUGCAUUGCUGAGUCUUUAAAAUUCUACCACAAAGGGAUUGCUUCCUUAACAGCUGCCAGUACACCACUGAAUCCUUUAAGUUUUCAGUGUGAAUUUGUAAAACUCAGGAUUGACCUUCUACAAGCCUUCUCUCAACUUAUCUGUACUUGCAAUAGCCUAAAGACAAGCCCUCCACCUGCAAUUGCCACAACCAUUGCCAUGACCUUAGGGAAUGACCUUCAGAGGUGUGGUCGCAUCUCCAAUCAGAUGAAACAGUCCAUGGAAGAAUUCCGAAGCCUUGCUUCCCGAUAUGGGGAUCUUUAUCAGGCAUCUUUUGAUGCUGAUUCAGCAACUUUGAGGAAUGUGGAACUAUAUCCUAAACCCACCUUACAGCAGCAGAGCUGUUUAUUGAUAUCUCAUGCAAUAGAAGCCCUCAUUUUGGACCCAGAAUCAGCAAGUUUCCAGGAAUACGGAUCUACUGGAGCGGCCCAUGCUGACAGUGAAUAUGAGAGGAGAAUGAUGUCUGUGUAUAAUCAUGUCUUGGAGGAAGUGGAAUCACUCAAUCGGAAAUAUACCCCUGUUUCUUACAUGCAUACAGCAUGCCUCUGCAAUGCCAUCAUUUCCUUGCUGAAAGUUCCUCUUUCAUUUCAGAGAUAUUUUUUCCAGAAACUGCAGUCUACCAGCAUCAAGCUUGCUCUGUCGCCGUCCCCCCGGAACCCUGCAGAGCCCAUCGCGGUCCAGAAUAACCAGCAGCUGGCACUAAAGGUAGAGGGAGUGGUUCAACAUGGAUCAAAACCAGGACUCUUCCGCAAAAUUCAGUCCGUCUGUCUGAAUGUUUCUUCUACACUACAGAGUAAAUCUGGACAAGACUACAAGAUACCCAUUGACAAUAUGACCAAUGAGAUGGAGCAGAGGGUUGAACCUCAUAAUGAUUACUUCAGUACUCAAUUUCUGUUGAACUUUGCUAUCCUUGGAACACACAACAUUACAGUGGAAUCUUCUGUGAAAGAUGCCAAUGGUAUUGUGUGGAAGACGGGUCCCAGAACUACCAUAUUUGUAAAAUCCCUGGAAGACCCUUAUUCCCAGCAAAUUCGCCUACAACAACAGCAGGCCCAACAACCAUUACAACAGCAGCAACAACGAAAUGCCUACUCACGGUUUUAGCCACAUGAUGAAUGCACUACAGACUUUACAGGAAUUGAUCAAAUGGGCAAAAAUAAUUUGAUUUUUCAUAUGGAUUAAGAUAUAAAAGAAUGUGGAGUCCAUCUA